CCAAAAAUAAACACUGACACAAAGGAUGUUUUCAAUGCCAGGUCAGGACACUGGAUGGUGAAAUAGCCUGUAAUUGCUGGCCGUUUGUUCCACGGGGAUCCUGAAGAUGGCGCUGUUGAAACGCAAUUGAUAAAUUGUGCCAGCCAGCGGUUUUGACCGGCUAAUCCACAUGUUCUACUAAUCUAAUGUUAUACGCUAUUAUAAAGCAGCCGGAGCGCCGACCUAAAUUCGGCACACCGGGAAAGGGUCGCGAUUAGACCCGGAGUUUGAAAACGCGCGACGAAAUCGGCGACGGAGGCUAAAAACGAAAAAAAAAAAAUGCGAUAACUUGCUACCUCUCGCUGUGACUUUUAUUCCGACCCAGAGGAGAAGAUCUGAGCAUGCGCACUGCAUCGGUUCUAUGGGGACGGGGAGGACAUCACGGAAAAAAGCAGCAGCAGCAGCAGCACCACGAACCCCACGCCGAGAUUUCGCAUUUCCAUUCCUCUUGAAAAAAAAAAAAAACUGCGCGACCGACGCGGCCCACGACUAUGCCCGGUGCGGCGUCGACCACUUGACAGGCCUGGCCGAGGUCUGAGCCGUUGCCGGGAGGGGUAAUACAAUUCUUCAUAUGGGAGCAGCAUGCGGGAAAUGGUCGGAGGUUGCUGCGUGUGUUCAGACGAGCGAGGCUGGGCUGAGAACCCGCUGGUCUACUGUGAUGGACACGGCUGCAGCGUCGCCGUUCACCAAGCAUGCUACGGCAUUGUCCAGGUGCCCACCGGCCCGUGGUUCUGUCGGAAGUGUGAGUCACAGGAGCGGGCAGCACGAGUGAGGUGUGAACUGUGUCCCCACAAAGAUGGCGCCCUCAAGAGGACGGACAGCGGAGGCUGGGCCCACGUCGUGUGUGCACUCUACAUCCCCGAGGUGCAGUUCGCCAACGUCCUCACGAUGGAGCCCAUCAUCCUGCAGUACGUCCCGCACGAGAGAUACAUCAAGACGUGCUACAUCUGUGAGGACCACGGCAGGGAGAGCAAGGCGGCCUGCGGAGCCUGCAUGACCUGCAACAGGCAGGGCUGCAGACAAGCUUUCCAUGUCACCUGUGCUCAGGUGGCUGGUCUGCUGUGUGAGGAGGAAGGCCCCGAGGCUGACAACGUGAAAUAUUGUGGAUACUGCAAGCAUCACUACAACAAAAUGCAGAAGAAGUUGCGCUCGAGUGAAAACACAAAUAGCUCCUUCUGUCAUCCCAGGGUUUGGUCUAGCUCACCGUCGCAAGAAAAGCAACACCACCACCAUAGACAGAGAAAGAGUCACAAAGACAAGAUUCGGCAAAAGGAGCGCCACAAGAAGUCCACUGACGGCUUGAGCUCAUCUGUGACGACAAGCAGCAUAGAAAAGAUCUCUUCAAGUCACCACAGCAGCAAGGACAGCGAGGGCAAGUCCAAGAAGCUGAGCUCGCACAGUCACAGUCAUCGCAGCAAGAAGACAGGAAGCACCGGCAAGAGCUGCUCCUCUUCCUCCUGCUCCUCCAGUCCAUUCAACACAGGAGGCUCCCUGUCUGCCGCUCAGGAUUUCCAUCAGUUCUCAUCUUCUUCCCGCCUGGAGCGAGACCACGACCGCGGAGGCGACGACCACGGCGGAGAGGAGCGCAAGGAGCGCCACCGGAGGCCGGCGGUCCAGGAGGAGGAAGACGAAGAGGAGGAGGAUGAAAAGGAAGAGGACAAAGAUGAAGAAGAGGAGGAGGACUGUAAAUACCACAAGCCACCAGCACUGACCCCUGCUGAUGGCCCGCUAGCAGGGUCACAAGGUCACGACAGGUCAGAGGGAAACUCCAGCCCCUUCGAGAACAAGGUCACCAUCUCCACCUUCGGGUCCAUCAUGCGCAUCACGUCCUCAUCAGGGCUCAGCAGCAAGAUCCGCAAGAUCUCCUCCUCGGGGGACUACAAGUCUUCCAAAUCUCUCUGCAAACCCUCUCAACUGAGCACGCCGCCGAUCCUGGAGGAGGCGGACCCAGAGGAGAAGGCCACGCCUCCGCCGCUGCCCCGAGAGAGGAGACACCGCGGCAACAAGAAGAGCCGGCACGGACCGGGGCGCCCGCGGGGGAGCAAGAACCGAGAAAGGAGGGACGAGGAGCAUCACCACCACCACCACCACACGGCGCCUCCUCCUCCUCCUCCUCCGGCCUUAACCUCCUCCGUCUACCCGAGCCCGUCCCCCGCCCCUCACCCCGCCUUCCCCUCGACGCUGCCCUCAACCUCCACCUCUUCCUCUUCCUCUUCUUCUUCCUUCUCCUCCUCCUCUGCCGGGAGCUUUUCUACAGGCCGUGGCAACUCGCUUCUCGGCUCCAGUAUCUACUCUCAAGGUCUCAAGGACCCUCUCACACUGGGCGGGGGUGUCUGCACUACUCCUCUGUCCCUGGGUGGAGGGGUGUGUAGCACCUCCUUGUCUCUGGGAGGAGGCAUGUGUAGCACCCCUCUCUCCUCCGGACUCCUUCCACCCCUCGCCCCCUCGCUUUCUCUUCCGUCAAUGAGCGCUGUCUCAAACACGCAGGUCCAUCCAGGUUCCAGCGCCUCCUACAGCCUGACCUCCUCCCAGCCUUUCGCCAGCUGUCUUUCAACAGCCCCGGCACUGCCGCCACUACUGAGCCAAGCCCAGACCUCACUGCCAGAGUCCGACCUCGAUGACUGCCGCUUCCCGUGUCAGGGGAACUCGCCGAGAGAGAGUCUUUCCUCACAGUCUCCAAUGAGCUGUCUUCCUCUUCUGUUUGACCAGAGAGACGGGCUGGGCGCUGGAGCCAGAGCCCGUCCCGAGAACGUACCUCCGGCCAGCUCCCACAUCGAGCUUUUAUUGGAGAAACACGGCAACGGAGAGAUGGGAGUCAACAUCGUGGAGAUGCUCCAGUCGCUUCACUCCCUGCAGCAGGAGAACCAGCGCCUCCAGGACCAGAUCCUCAGCCUGACGGCCAAGAAGGAGCGGCUGCAGCUGCUGAACACGGAGCUGGCCGUGCCUUUCCCUCCUCACAUUCAUUCCAUCCAGGGCUCCAUGCACACGUCUGCCCAGAUCAACUUCCUGUCAUCUACUCAAGACCCCGUGAGCACCAAUAAGAGCCCCCUCUCCAAAAGCUGCUUCCUGAAUGAAGCCUCCUUUGUUACCUCGUCCGAGGAGCUGCACUCUGGUAGUCCGUCCCGCAGCAGCUCGUCGCUCUCCUUCCAGAGCACGCCUCCCCCUCAGCAGAGCCCCGCCUCCUUCGGCCAGCCGCUGCUAAACGGCUUGAGUCGAGGUCUGAGCGACGGUUUGGGGACCAUCAGUCAGGCUGGCGGCUCCGCUCUUCCUGUGGUGGGCGGGCUCAUGGCGUCCCUGGCAGGAAGCCCUCAGCUGACCAUGAACGGCGUGCUGGGCGGUUUGAACGGUGUGAUCCAGUCCCCAGUACAGAACGGCCCUCAGCCCACGCUCCCAGCUCUGCGUCCUCAGCCUCCUCCACUCAACCCUCAGGCCCUGGCGCAGAGCUUCCAGCUUCCCAAGAGCGUGAGCCCGUCUUCUCUCCUGUCAGAGCAGCAGAAGCAGCUUCUUCUGGAGCAGCAGCAGCAGCAUCAGCAGCAACAGAUCCAGCAGUUCCUCACCUCUCAGAACUUCACACCGGAGCAGCAGAUGGUCGUGUACCAGAUGCUGCAGCAGCAGAGACAGAGGGAGCUGCAGCGCCUCACGCUGACCGGAGCACUCACCUCCAGCCCCAACUCACCCAUGAUAUCCCAGUCGCCCAACCUGCUGUCCUCAGCCACAGCCUCCCCCCUGCAGGGCGGCCAGGGAGGCGGCCUCUUCGGUCUGCAGGACAGUGCACUUCACAAACCCGGGGCUGCAGGAGAGAAGGGUGGAGACAAGAAUGGAUGAUGAGUCUGUUCUAACACAGAAGAAGCUCAGAUGAAAAUAUGAGGCAUUAAGUGCCGCCCUGAAGAAGUGAGGUCAAGACUUUUUCCCUUCUGUCAUCUUCAUCGUACACCCUCUUUAUGAAUGUAAAACAGGAUGGACUUAAAGUGAAGUUUUUCGUGUUUUGAAAUUCUUGAUAUCAGAGGUUCUUCUCAUAGGUUUUUUUUUUUUGUGUGUAGGCAGCUUUCAGAGAGCAUGAAUAGAGUGGUCUCUUCUUAAAUUGCACUAAUUUGUUCGCUAGACCAAUGGGGCUGCUUCUGAAGGCAGAGCCAGACUUCCCGCUCACCCAUGCAGGAGCUGUGCAGGAUUUUGGUUCGAAGUAUAUGAGCUCGAGGUUGGAGCGUCUCUUUCUUCUCUGACUUUUCAAGCACUGACCAUUCAUUCCCUCCGCAGCUCAAAGUUUCCAUUCAGUCAGUGAGAAAAUCACACUUCUGCCACUUCAUGCACCCUCAACUGUCUUCCUCGAUAUUUUGUCUUCCCUUUGUGUCCACCCCACCCAGAUUUCGUCAGAUCUUCUAUACAUUGCAGCCUCUCGCUGGCACUUGCCAUGUAAAGGAUAGAUAUGCUGUCAUUUUCGAUGUGUGGAUAGUGUCCUUUCAACGUUAAGCUAGUUAUUACCUCAGACUUUUCUGCCAACUAUUUUCCAUUGUUGACAUUUUGUGCAGACACGUUACCACAACAGCCUUCACUGGAUAUAAAUGCCCAUCAGAAAUCUUGGUGUUCACUUUAAGGAAUUAACUACGUAAAAGAAAAAAAAGAAAAAAAAAAAAGAAACAUCCGUCAGAGACUUGAUUUCAGCGUGCAAGCACCGAAAACCACCACCAGAGUUCGGAAAGACUUUUAUAUCCUUCGAGUUGCUAUGGAGAUUAAGCAGACAAAACCAAACAUUUGGAAAUUUUAAGUAAGAAAAUAAUAGUUUUUUCCUAAAUAAGUGUGCACUUUGCAUGUUAGUUGCUAACAGAGCAAAUCAUCACAGCACUUAGAAAGGUUGCUCGGUACUUUCUAGGCCACUAGAGACUAACAGGUUGUUGAUUUCUAUGAGUAUUUUGCACUCUGAAGUUUUUUAAGUUACUUCCAUUUAUAAAUAUUUCUUUCAUGUCCGCAAACUAGUUAUUCUUUUAGCAAUACUGGAUAGAUAAUGCCUUAAUGAUGCUAGAUUUACAGAGAAAACCACGAGCCCAAAGGCCAACUUUACUCUUUUUUGUCGUAUUUCUUUGAUAGUGUUUUUUAUCUCGGGUACUUGGAGGGGUAUGUUAUUAAAGUGAAAGCACUCUUCCUAAACCCGUUUAUACUUUUGAUAGCUGACUGAGGAUUUCAACAGUUGUGAAUAACCGUAUAGUGGUGACUUAAGUGUCAAAGCAUUUUCUAUUGUAAUUUUUGUGUUCGGAUCUUCUUUAGUUGUUUGUGCUUCAGAGAUCAAGUAGAAAAUGUUACAGUGAAGCCUGCACAGUGGUGUCAUAGGAGAGGUGUGAACUAUUAUUCAAGUGCUGCAGUUAUAGCAUGAUGUGGUCUGGUGUAGCCAGACUCGGUUCUCAUAGAAUAUGGGAAAAAGUCAUUACGGGGCGCGUUUCAACCCAUUCAGAGAAUUAAAAAAUCAAUUGCAUGCAAUUAGAUGGUCCUGCAACCAAUCACAGUCAUGUUGUUUUAAAGUCAUUCAACACCACCCCGUUUAGAUGACGUGAUGAAUACGUCGCGGUUCGUCAGCCCGGCCAAAUGAUUUGAGUGGCCCAACAGAUUUUGCAGGAGCAUAAUCACUUCCCACUGGAGCUGCUCCAGUCCAAUUCUACGCCAUAAAAUGAUCGUGUUUGAGAAGAGUCGGGCUGACGUCCAAUCUGAGAGAAAACCUAUUCCCAGCAAUGAGAAGACUUUCCAAUGUAGAGACUAUGACAGGUUCCCCUCUCCUCCUUUUCCCUCAAAGUCAGUCAGUUCUUUAACAAUAUUAUGUCAUAAUCCUUCAGAUACAUCCUCUUUUCUGUUUGCAAUCUUGAACGGGAUCUCCCAAACAUGUGAUACCUAGUUUGUUUUGUUAGCAGCACAUGUAGAUGUCAGAAAUGAACUUCGAGCAGCUCACUAGUUGAUGAUAAAUACUGUAGCAAAGACAGAAGGAGAAUGUUGAUUGUGUUGUUCAAGACACGAGUCAAUGCAUUAACGUGACUCAGAGUGGGAGGGCUGAUUCACCUCUCAGCUGAGACAGAGUCCAGAUUACGUCCAAGACGUUGACUGACGAGCGGCGCGAAGGAUUUCUGAAGCGGUUUCUUCCUCAUGUUGCACUGGGGCGCUUUUUGGCCCAAUUGUAAAUUGUUAUUUUGGUUUUUUUUAGUUUUUUUUUUUUUUUUUUUUUUUUUUUUUUUUUUUUUUUUUCAAUUUUGUUGGAAUACGAGUUGUAUACUUUAAUAUGUUUGUGUAAAAACACAUUCAUUCUUUUAAGCUUUGAAGUUUGGGUAACCAAGAUAAUCCAUGUUAUGAAUGUCGUACUGUGUAUCUUUUAUGUAUUGAAACAUUUAAGCACCUGCCUCUGAAUGAGGUUUGAUGGAGAGCAAGUUAACCCUUGAGAUAUGAAUUGCAUGAAAUGCAGUGACGUCUCUCAAAUGUUUUGCUUUAUACCAAGUAAUAACUAUGCAUAAUUUGAAAUGCAUUGUUCCCUGAAAGAAAAAAAAAGAGAAAUGAAAUGAGCACUGAAUUUUAAAAAUGGACAAGCACGGUGUCAUUGUACAGUGUAAUCGAUCAAAGCAAAUUUGACGAUAUUCAGAUGAAAAGCCCUGUAAAGUAUUUUGAUAUUUUUGUGUGUAAAAUUAAAAAGAAGGAUUAAGACAGCUUUUGUCAAUAAAUGUAUUUUACUGA